AUGGCUUCAUUAGCCCAGCAAAUUUUUUCACCACUCUCUUCCAAGCUUUCCAUGGACAAUUUCCUCCUCACCAAAUUGAAAACCCCAUUAAUGGCCGCGAAUUCUAGGAGAAAGAUGGUGAUAUCAGCUGCAGCAGUGGCAGUGACAAAUGCACAGACAAAGGAAAGAAUGGAGCUCAAGGAAAUGUUUCAGGAAGCUUAUGAGAGGUGUCGGACUUCCCCCAUGGAAGGGGUCGCCUUCACCCUCGAUGACUUCCAUUCUGCCCUUGAGAAAUAUGACUACAAUUCUGAAAUUGGGACCAGGGUCAAAGGAACAGUUUUCGCUGUAGAUGCUAAUGGAGCAUUUGUAGACGUUACUGCCAAAUCGUCAGCCUAUUUGCCUGUUAGCCAGGCAUCCAUUUGCAAGAUAAAGCAUGUGGAAGAGGCUGGAAUUGUGCCUGGUCUGCGCGAGGAGUUUGAGAUCAUUGGUGAAAAUGAGGCAGAUGACAGUUUGAUACUCAGCUUGAGGGCGAUUCAGUAUGACCUGGCGUGGGAACGUUGCAGGCAGCUUCAAGCUGAAGACGUCGUUGUGAAGGGUAAGGUAAUUGGUGCCAAUAAAGGUGGAGUAGUGGCUACCGUUGAAGGCCUAGUUGGGUUUGUUCCAUUCUCACAAAUAUCAACGAAAUCAACUGCCGAAGAGCUACUUGAGAAGGAGCUUCCCCUUAAGUUUGUGGAAGUUGAUGAAGAACAAGCUAGGCUUGUCCUCAGCAACCGUAAAGCCAUGGCUGACAGUCAAGCACAGCUUGGGAUUGGUUCGGUGGUUCUUGGAACCGUUCAGAGCUUAAAACCGUAUGGUGCCUUCAUUGACAUUGGAGGCAUUAAUGGACUUCUUCAUGUCAGUCAAAUUAGUCACGACCGUGUCUCAGAUAUAGCAACAGUUCUUCAGCCUGGUGAUGUCUUGAAGGUGAUGAUACUGAGUCAUGAUCGCGAGAGAGGUCGAGUGAGCCUCUCUACCAAGAAGCUGGAGCCUACCCCUGGUGACAUGAUUCGUAAUCCAAAGCUUGUCUUUGAGAAGGCAGAAGAGAUGGCUCAAACAUUUAGGCAGAGAAUCGCCCAAGCGGAAGCCAUGGCUCGUGCCGACAUGCUUAGAUUCCAACCAGAGAGUGGUUUGACUCUGAACUCCGACGGGAUCUUAGGACCAUUGUCCUCAUCCGAGUUACCAGCCGAGGGCCUGGAUUUGAGCGAUAUCCCCCUUGGAGAUGAUUCAUCAUGA